AUGGCAACUCUUCGUCGAAAGGCAGCAGAAGGCCUGGAUAAAAUCCCCUCCAACGAAGGAGAAUGGCGUGCAGCGAUACAAAAAUAUGGCCUUCAACAACGCACUCUCGAGGAUCUGUGCAAGGAAGGGCGUUUCUCUGCAUCGUCGGUCCCAAAGGAGGCAUUCCUUACCUUACGAUGCAUUUGGCCUGAAAAGAAGAAUGUCGAGGAUGCCAUGGAAUAUAUUACAGACCUGGAGUAUUUCUUCACCGAGGACCAUUCUCACGACGCAGCAAAUAUAAUAGGAACGAAUCUUCUUGGACUAGAUAAGCUUAAGAAUCUUGUUAGCAUUAUAUGUCCAUCAAAAGAACCUCGCCUAAGCACUCCACCCAAGUACUCUGGAACGCUUGCGGAUAACCUAGGCCCUUUCUCGAUACUGGUUAAUAUAUUUAACCAACUUCAGGACAAAUCAAUUCAUACCGAAGUAGAUGUUCAGCAGGUAGGCUGGGCUCCACAAACAAGGCGACACUUCGAUCCAAUGCAAAGCCCAAUUCGGGAACACCCGCAAAGUCCAAGUCGCCAGCUAUUCGAAUCAGAAGAUUUCGACAUGGAAGAUGUUGACAUGGAUGAUGCCGGCAGUCCUGCCCCUCCUCUUCACCCUGUUGUCACUGCUCCUGUAGAGCUAGAAGACGAGGAACCACCUCGUCGGACCCCAACCGAGACUCUUGUUACUGAUUUUAUGGUCACCUUUCUUGGGGGCUUAGCAAGCCUUGUUCAACCUCACAGCUCUAGGCCCCUUUGCAUUGCAAACUCCUUUGAGACAACGUUUCAAUUUGGUCCUUUACGUAAUACUCGUCAGCAACAAGGCGAGGUUCAAUACCGAGCUCGUGUCGAUGGUAGUAUUCCUUUCAGUACAUCUCUGUCCGGAAUGCUACGUGAAGCUGCAAUUUUCGAAGCGAAGCGCGCUGUGCGUAAGGAGAGUGAUGGUAGCAUCCCUGUGUUGGCCCAGCAGUCAAUGGAGCAUAUCGCCUACAUUUGGAAGCGCCAUGAAAGCGAUCAGGCCUGGAAGAAAAAGAAGAAGACUUACCAUACCUUUAUGGUAGCCCAAGACCAUUUACAAUUCCACAUCAGUAUCGGCACUUAUGAUAACAAAUACCUUGAGUAUAUUUUUGCGUCAAAUUCUCAGAUUGUACUUCCUUUUCAGGGGCCAGUACCAUUUCUUAAGAUUCAGGAAUUCGGUCCGUUUGAUAUUGCCAACCAAGACGGCCUUACACUUUUCUCAAAUAUAAUGCUCUCCUUUAUCCUCCAGCAGCUUGAGCAAACAUCGGCUAAAUCCAUCUUUAAAGAGGCACUACGUUGA